UGUCAAGCGCCUGUUAACCAAGAUCAUGGAAGCUAUUUUUCACGAAAAACAAGAGGGCUCCCUUUGUGCUCAGCAUUGUCUGAAUUCCCUGCUGCAAGGCCCGUAUUUCUCUGCCGUAGAUCUUGCCGACAUUGCCCGACAGCUAGAUGAGACUGAGCGUGAACAAAUGGCUGAGGCAGGGACCAGCUCUGAGGCAUACAGACAAUUUAUGGAGCAACCAUCCCACAAUUAUGAUGACAGUGGGUUCUUCUCAGUUCAAGUGAUAGACAAAGCCCUGCGUGUUAUGGGGUUGGAACUAUUACCCUACAACUCACAGAAUCAUAUGUCCAAACUGGCACAACAAGAUCCUACGUUGAUGAGGGCAUACAUUUGUAACUUUGGUGAGCACUGGCUGACAGUUCGUAAGCUAGGUAACCAGUGGUUCAAUCUCAACUCCCUGUUGACUGGUCCUGAGCUUAUCUCAGACACAUUUCUACACAUGUUCCUGACCCAACUACGACAAGAUGGUUACUCAAUAUUCAUCAUAGUAGGAAAUCUUCAGGAGAGUGAGGCAGACCAACUGUUGGGUCUCUGUCCUGCCAAUCAGCCGGUCAAGCCCCGCCUAAUAUCUGAAAAGGGAAAGCGAGGAGUGGGUCAAAAUGAGAUGCACAAUGGGGAACAAGAAGAAGAUGUGCAGCGGGCGCUUGCUGAAAGCAAGCGUCUCAACGAAGUUGAUGAUGCCUCAUUGCAGAAGGCACUGCAGCUUAGUAUGGAAGGCUAUAUAGAAGAGUCAAUUACAAGGAUGGAAACAACACCUAACUGUGAUACCAAGAAAAUGAACAAUCAAACAUCCACUAAACAAAAACAGCAAUCCACCAGUACCUCUGGCCAAUCACAGACACCAGGCUACACUCUAGCUGGUGCCACCACAUCACAUGAUUGUGAGGGAGGAGCCACUGGGUCAUGUGACCAGGCAGGUGUUAGCAAAGAGCCAAAUGCAGAUGAGAUUAGGCAGAAAAGACUGGCUUUUUUGCAGAAACUUGGGACAUUUGGUAAUUCUAAUGAUGGAAAUGAUUUAAUAAGGAAUGGUGAUGAAAGUAAGAAAGACAUUGAAACUUCUGUUAAAUCGGGUGAUAAUGCUGGUGCGUUCUCAUGUGAUAUAGAAAAUACCAGUGUUGAAGGGAACACAGGAGAGCUGACAGAGGAAGAGAUGUUGAAUCAAGCCAUUGUCAUGUCCAUGAGCCAGAACACUUAGCCACUGUAGAGGACAACCCAACUCUUGAAUAUCUCCCUCGUCUUUCACUCUCAUGUGCCUUAAGUCUUCAGCAAUGUUGGUCAUUUGAUAUAAUUUUGUUUGUAUCUACAACUCAGUAGUCUUAAAUUUCUACUGGGCUUGAGAAAUUGUUACAACCCAUGCUCACUGUGUGGGAAGGGACACCAGAUAUAGCUCAAAAAGUGAUAAGUAAAAGACAAUUAUGCAGUUAUUUUAAUUUACCAGAGGUAAGAUCUUGCUGUGUUAACGCAUAUCUACCGUAUCCACAAAUGAAGCAAGUGUUUGAACUAAUAGCUGAAUGCUUAAUUUGGCCUAUGGUAUACUUUAAAGUGCUUACGAUUUAGCAGACCUCGUAAAAUGUUUCUUCAAAUCUGAGAUGAUCACCUCAAAACUAAUUGAAUUUCGACAAGUAUUGAUAUUUUUAAGAAAUAUAUCGAAUAAAUAAAAAAUCUGAAUCAAAGGAUUUCACAAGAAUAAGCUCAACUAUUUUUAUUGUAAGAAAUGGCAAUGUAACUUUUAAACUGUUAAAGAUAUGCCCUUAGAAAUGUUCACAGUACUGUACUGGGGAUAGCCGUAUUAUGUACUGGGGAUAGUUUAAAAGUUGAGAAAUGUGUGUCCUGGUGAUAACAUGUAAAAUGGGACAAAAAUUGAUAGUAACACUGUUAAUAUACAUUAUACAUGUAUAUGUCUAUUUCAAACUUUUAAAUAAUCAGCAAAAAGUGAGAGUACAAUUUGAUAAGAAAUUAUUGAGCAAACUUUAGUUAACAUGAGUUUGAUCCAUGCUCUCCUAAAUGAACGUAUAUAUGCAAGCUGCGUAAAUAUCAGGGUUGGUCACAAUACAUUCUUUCUCACUGAAGUGAACGAGCAGAGACCAUUAUUCUGUUCUAAGUAAUACCAACAUCGACCCAAGCUUAGAAAAAAGGUUUACGUGUUCUAAAUUUGAUCACAAUAUCUCAUUCCGGUAUUUCCCUACUGGUGACUUUCUGUUUGCAAAAACGUACCUACUUGAUUUACAAAGCAAUAUUAUAUAUAUGAAUAGCAAACACCACAUACAUUAUACGGCCAUAUGUUUUGUGUUACUCAAUAAAUUAGAUUACCGGCGUAUUUCAAAUAUUUAGAUAUUGAUGCUUGUGAAAAAUACAUCAUGGUUGACUAAUAUGUAUGAAUGAAACAGUUUUAAGUGCAUACAGAUACAAAGAACAACAACAUGUUUUUGCUCUCAUCCCUCGAUAUGGACAACCUCGAACACUUUCCGUAAUCAUUAUCACAGUCUCGUUUUUCUUAAUACAUCAUUACUAUCCUCAGUCCACUUAAUAGCUAUCCCCUGUGCAGUUAUUUAUUUGCUUUUUCUAUCCACAGUACACUGCCAGGGCCUCAAAAGGUAUGAAUAUCUCCGUUACAGCAAAAGAUAUCAUAUUUAUAUUUUACACAUUACUAGAUUAUGUAAUUACAAUGAAAUUGCUCGAUUCAGUUUUUAUUCUUAUUUUCAAUUUGUUGAUUUAUGUUUGAAAUCGUACCACAUAAAUGAACAUUUGUGAGUGAUCAUUCAACUUUCGGCGAGAAUUGUGCUAUUAUACAAAAGAGGAGACACAUUUCCAUCAUAGUCGUAUAUUGCACAGUAUCAAGUAAUUCAAAACUCUUCGAUUUUGUUAAAUAUAUCACCAUAAAAUACAAAAAAAUGAUAGAAAACUGUCCAUGUGUCAAAAUCAAACGCUAAUCGAUUGAUCACUUUUUGAGCUAUAUCCGGUGUCCGUUCCCACACAGUGAUGCUAUUUAAAAUUCAUUUUACGAGUAUGGACUUGGAGUGUUUCUGAUAACUGCAAUGUAUACAACCGUUGUCUAGUUAUUUGGUAUUGCAAUUAUUUGUCAUGAUGAUGUUAAUUCACAUGUUGUAUUAAAUUUUAGCCAGAUGACAAUAUUACUAAAACUAUGAUUGCAUUAGACAUGUUCUCAGGUAGGGGUGACAAAUGCUGCCAUUGCAGUUUCAGGCACCAAUGGUUAUGAUUGUUAUCAAAAUAAUUUAUUUAAUACUGUUGUUUUUUAUGCUUGACGCUUGGCACAUUAAAAUCGCACCAUCC